GAGCAGUCAAGAUAAGGCCUCACUUAAUCCAUCUUAGGAAGAUCUUGGAACCGUUUUCAAGGGGAAAACGGUCCCAGAUGGAUCUUUUCAAGGGGAAAACGGUCCCAUGAUGGUCCUCUUCCAUUUAUGGAUCAGGACUAGGCUUAGGGUGGUUUUGAGCACUAAUGAUCAAAGUGUUGAUCUUCACGACCUGCCAGCGCUGAUUGAAGUAGACGGUCUCUAUUUCAGGAAUCAUGCAGUUGACGCGGUGGAUGGAGAUGGUUCUGAAGUAGGAGAUGCAGCAAGUAAUUCCUUGUCGGGGGCAUCGACGUAUGAUUGGAUGGAGGAGGAGGAAGGAUUUGUUCUUGCGGGAAACAGUAG